CCUCCUCCUCCUCUCCGGCGCUCCACAUCUGCAGACAUGUUCACCAGGAUGUUGAAGCUGAGACUCCUGAACGCCGUGGCCCCGGCCUACUUCUUCACGGCCACGGCGGUCACCUUCAUCCUGCACUUCGGCUUCUUCGUGCCGACGAUCUUCCCGAACCCGGACAUGUCCCUGAGGGGCUCCACCGCCCUCCACACGGCUCUGUUCCUCUUCCUCAUGUUCAACGCCUUGGGGAACUACGUCAUGACCAUCAGAUACCCCGCCGAGAGCGCCAACGAGACGGCCAUCCCCGUGUGCUCGCCGCACUGCUCGGACAAGGUGGACGCCCACUACCUCCUGAACGGCCGCCACUUCUGCAAGCUGUGCAAGAAGGUCAUCCUGAAGAGGGACCACCACUGCUUCUUCACGGGGAACUGCAUCGGGAACAGGAACAUGCGCUACUUCAUCAUGUUCUGCAUCUACACGUCGUGCGUGUGCCUGUACUCGCUGGUGCUGGGCGUGGCCUUCCUCACCGUGGAGUACUCCAUCUCCUUCCAGAACCCGCUGACCUUCCUCACCCUGCUGCCCCUCUCCACCGGGUACUUCUUCAUGGGGACGGUGUCGGGCCUGCAGCUGUUCCUGGUGCUGAUGCUGUACGUGUGGCUGGGCAUCGGCCUGGUGUGCGCCGGUUUCUGCUGCCAGCAGGUGCUGCUGGUGGCCCGGGGCCAGACCUGGUGUCAGCUGCAGAGGGGCCAGCUGGUGGAGAACUGCAGCCCCUGGCGAGCCAACCUCAAGGACGUGUUCGGGACGCGCUGGAUCCUCGGCCUCGUCCUGCCCGUGCAGACGGUGGAGACGAGCCCCGACGGCACGGACCCCCCCAAACAGGACUGA